UGGGGUCACGACUUCCGUCCUGAUUAUCGCAACUUGAAGAUUUUACGUGAGAAAUUUCCCACCGUUCCAAUGAUGGCAAUGACAGCAACGGCCACCCCGCGGGUCAGGCAGGACAUUUUGCACCAGCUCCUCAUGAAGGAUACAAAGUGGUUCAUCCAAAGUUUUAACCGGCCCAACCUCAAGUUUGAAGUCCGGCCCAAGAAGCUAAAAAACUGCAGCAAAGAAGUCAUCGACUUAAUUCGUUCCCAAUUUUCCGGCUUGGCGGGCAUUGUCUACUGUCUAUCACGAAACGAAUGUGAUCGACUUGCCGAAGAACUGACUGCCGGAGGUAUCGUUGCCAAGGCUUAUCACGCGGGAAUGGGCGAUACGGCCCGUAAACGCGUGCAAGAGGGCUGGCUUCAAGAGGAAAGCUUUAAGGUUGUCUGCGCGACGAUCGCAUUCGGUAUGGGGAUCGAUAAACCGGAUGUGCGUUUCGUCAUCCACUUUUCUAUCCCCAAGUCAAUAGAGGGCUACUACCAAGAAGCUGGCAGAGCAGGAAGAGACGGUCUUCCGGCGACAUGUGUCCUCUAUUACCAUUGGCAGGAUGUAAUUCGACUGCGAAAGCUAAUAUAUUCCAGCUCCAACAACCCGUUCAACGAUCCUUCUGUGAAACUGCACGAAGAUGCCCUCUUCAAGAUGGUUUCCUACUGUGAUAACGUAGUUGACUGCCGCCGAACCCUCAUCCUGGCCCACUUUGGCGAGGCCUUUAAUCCAGCCGACUGUUCCCUCGUUGUUGGAUGUCUCUGUGAUAAUUGCCAAUACGCGGAACGCAGGAAACUGGCUCAACGUGACCUCACACAGGACGCUAAAUUGAUCGUUGAUACCGUGGCGGAGUUUGUAUGUCGACGUCGCAACGUUACCCUCAACUACUGUGUUGACCUUUUCCGCGGUGCUCAAACGGCGCAGAUCCAGCGAAAUAAUGACUCCGGAAAUCAGCUAUACGGAAAGGGAGCCAGCUACUCAAAACUCGAUGCCGAACGGUUAAUUCAUCGUCUUCUCGCUGAUCGAAUACUCAUGGAAGAGUUCACAGUUACCGCUGUGGAUACUGUCGCGGCCUACCUACGACUCGGGCCGAAGGCGGACAGUCUUCUUUCUGGUCAACAGAAGAUAAUGCUGCCUGUGGCAGUUAACCUCAAGCCUCGUGGAAUGGAGCCAGUCAUUGCGGGUGAGGAACCAGUCGAUAGGGUUGCCAGCAUUCGGAACGAUUGCUACGAAGCCCUGGUACGAACUGCCAAACAACUCACCUCUCAACAGGGCAUUUCCAACUAUGCAACUGUCUUUCCCAACGAAAUGCUUCUGGAAAUCGCCGACCAAUUGCCUACGACUCCUGAGGAGCUUCUGCGCAUUCCUCAGUGCACAGAGUACAAGUUGAAUCGUUUUAGUGCAACUGAAGCCUUCCUAGAUGUUACCCAAAACUUCCUUGCUAUUCUCGGAGGUAAGUCUAUCUACUCACAUCAACAUUCUGCGUAG